AUGGGACCAACCAAUAAAUCUCAAAUAUCUCCAAACACCUUCUUGCUGAUGGGCAUCCCAGGACUAGAGCACCUUCAUGUCUGGAUUGGGAUUCCCUUCUGCUCCAUGUACCUGGUGGCUGUGGUGGGGAACGUGACCAUCCUGGCCGUGGUGAGGGCAGAGCGAAGCCUCCAUGAGCCCAUGUUCCUCUUUCUGUGCAUGCUCUCAGUCACUGAUCUGGUCCUCUCCACAUCUACACUGCCCCGCAUGCUCUGUCUCUUCUGGUUUGGAGCCCAUGACAUUGCCUUUGAUGCCUGUCUGACCCAAAUGUUCUUCAUCCAUAGCUUUACUGCUAUGGAAUCAGGCUUCUUUUUGUCCAUGGCCAUUGAUCGUUAUGUGGCCAUUUGUCAUCCACUGCGCCAUACCACCAUUCUCACCCAUGCUCGCAUUGUCAAAAUGGGAGCUUCUGUGGUACUCCGAGGAGUGGGUUUCUUUACUCCACAUCCCAUCCUGCUCAGGCAGCUGCCCUACUGCAGGACUAACAUCAUUGCCCACACCUACUGUGAGUUCAUGGCUGUAGUGAAGCUGGCAUGUGUGGACACAGGAGCCACCAAGCGUUACAGCCUCAGUGUGGCCUCUGUCAUUGGUUCCUGUGAUGGCUUUUUCAUCGCUCUCUCUUAAAGUCUUAAAGCUCUAGGCACAUGUGGCUCCCAUGUCUGUGUUAUCCUCGUUUUCUACUCCACAGCUGUCUUUACCUUCCUCACUCACCGCUUUGGUCACAACGUGGCCCCCCAAAUUCAUAUCUUCGUUGCCAAUAUGUACCUUCUGGUACCACCUUUUCUUAACCCCAUUGUUUAUGGUAUUAGGACCAAGAAAAUUCGAGAUCAUGUCCUUGGUUCUCUAAGGGUAAAGGUUGCUUGA